UUACCAUUCCCAACCACCAGGUGCUGCAAAUACUGGAAUUCCAGUAUUCUCAAGAUUUAGGGGUAGCAACCUAGUGCCAUCCCCCAUGGGCCAGGAAAGGAGAGUUGGUCCUAAUAUCCCACCUAUGAGAAGCCCUGAUCUAUUGCAGCAAUUUAAGAACCAUAAUAGCACAGAGAAGAUUCCUAGUGCAAUACCUCGCAUCACCCAGAGGCAAAUAAAUGUGAACCCAAGGUAAGCUUCAACUAAGGGCUUAAUACUAUAUCAAGGUUUUGAGUUUAGCCAGACAAAUGUUUCAUUUCUUUUUAUUCCCUUUCAGCAAUGAGCUUGGUGCCAAGACACAUAUGGGAGACUUCCAGCUCCAUAAACUCCUGGGUGCAGGAAAUUUUGGAAGGGUGUACCUUGCAGAACAAAAACAAACAAGAAAGAAAGUUGCCAUUAAAAUGAUACCACGCGAAAAAGUCUGUGAUGCUCUCGCAGUUCGAGGUGUAAUGCGAGAGAAAGAAAUCCUAGAAUUGGCAAAGAAAAAGAACCAUCCCUUCCUUAUUGGUUUGGUCACCUACUUUGAAACACAACACGAUAUGUGUUUAGCAAUGGACUAUGCUUCCGGUGGUGACUUAUCCAGUGUGAUGACCCGCACUUUGAGUAUAGAAACUAGUGUGUAAGUAAUAAGUAGGUUUACUCAGAUUUUGUAGUAGACUAGCAGCUGCCCCAAAGUAGUAUUCAUAAUGCAAUGUAAGCCAUUACGGUUUAUUUUACUUCUCACCAGUAAAGGUGGCAUACACGUGAAGAUUUGCUCGUUUGGCUCACCUAUAGGUGGGCGAUA